GGAUAAAUGAAAUACCGUCUCAAACGCGCUUUUCUUUUCUUUUUUUUUUCUAUAUCAUAACAAUGACGAAUUUACCUAAAGAACUGUAUUACCUUGAUGACAAUUUUUCUAUUCGUUCAUUACGCAAAUAUCAGCUAAAAGAGAUCUUGGCGGCCCAUCAUAUUCCUUAUUUACGUAGUAUUACUCGUAAUGACUUGAUCCAUCUGUUUAAGAAACAUAUUGAGCCUAGAAAAGAAGAGAUCAUAGCAGCCUAUCAGAAAAAGCAACAAGAACAGCCACUACCAAUCGAAGAAUAUGGUCGUGGUCAUCGUGCUGUACAAAAACCAACGCGAUUUGAAGAUGAAGUUAAAGAAGUCAAAAAGGAUAAAGACGGAUUUGCUAUUCCUUCUGUACCUAAACGUGCUCCAUUCAAUCCAGAAGAUUCAUUUGGAGAGAGUGAAGUCGAAUCUACACCCAUCCCGAGAAAGGAGCCCAAAAAGCAGCAACAGAAAGUGUUAGUUCAUCCACCUAAAACGAAGAAACCAAAGAAAAAAGUACAGUUCAACCCUGAUGAUUCAUUUGCUUCUGAAGGUUCAGACGAUGAUUAUACUGAACCUAUCGAGUUGGAUGAUGAACAAGUCGAUCCUGAUUACGAUGCAGAUGCUGAUGUGACUGAUGAAUCAGAAGAGGAUAUUGGUGAGAUUGACAAAGAAGAGUUAGUGUUGCUCUAUAAAGAUCAAGCCGUGCCAGCAGAAACCUUGGCCAAACCCUAUCCUAUCAAGACACGAUCUCAGAAAUUAGCUGAAGCAAGACAACAUCUGUUACUAUGGAAGACGAUAUUGAAGCGUAUAGGCUAUGGCUUAUGUAUAGUAUACAUGGUUGUCGGCAUUGUUGGAUUAAGCAUCACUGCUUAUGCACGUCAACAAAAUGGUUAUUGCACAAAUCAUUCUAUUCAUCCUAAGAAUGUUUCUUUUCUGUUCUCUUUGUUGCCCUCUCCUUGUAUUCCAUGCCCAGAUCAUGGUGUAUGUACAGAGGAUGAACUGAUAUGUGAUCCACUUUAUGAAAAAAAGACACCUUUCUAUAAUAUUGGCCAUCGAUUACCUAUUGCGGAUGAUUGUAUUCAUAAUUCAGUCCUAGGUAAAUAUGUUGCACAAGUAGAACGCAAAAUCAAGCAACAAUUGGCUAUCAAACAAGGGGAAUUAGCUUGUCAACACUUGCUUGCUCAUCCAGACAGCACAGAUGCCCCUGUUGGCAAAGUGUUAGUCAAAGAUGUCUUGUCUAAUAUCAAAGCAUUUGUUGAACUCCAUCUUCCUCAAGACAGAAUAGAAGAAAUUAUGGUGAUUGCCUUAUCUGCUGUCCUUGAAGAUCCCAAGAUUCAUUACUGGGAGAUUGAGGAUCAAAAGUACUUAGGCACAGAAGAAGCAGUGUAUAGUACUUGGUGUAAAAUACAGCGUGUGUAUCAACAAACACCUUUCAACAUCAAGAUCUAUAUCAUUGCUUUUCUUUCUGUUCUUUCAGCUGUAUAUGGUGCCUCAAGGGACUAUAGAAGAAAUCUAAUGUAUCAACAAAAGAUGGAUACACUUGUCAAGUCUAUUUUGGACCAAUUAAAGCAACAGCAUGACAAAUACAUGCAAGACUCAACUAUAUCACCUACUGUGCCUGUACCUCAACUCCGUUCAUGUGUGGUGGAUGUCAAUAAUAACAAAACCAUUCAAGACUGGUUACGUGUGGUAGAGAAGAUAGAAUCACAUCCUCAUGUACGCAAAAGCUUUAAAGAAGUCAGAGGAGAACCUGUUGAAUAUUGGGAAUUGACUGCAUAA